AUGACUCAGCAAGCACAGACCAUCCAAGGCUCAAUUGUCGCAAUCGUCACCCCUAUGUUUGAAGAUGGCAGCGUAGAUUGGAAGGGUCUAGAGAAGCUCGUUGAGUGGCACAUCGCACAAGGCACAAAUAGCAUUGUUGCUGUCGGUACAACGGGUGAAGCGUCUACUCUAAGCAUGAAAGAGCAUACACAAGUGAUUAAAGAAAUCAUUCGUGUCGCGAACAAACGCAUCCCUAUUAUUGCGGGUACUGGCGCGAAUUCAACGCGUGAAGCCAUCGAGUUGACUAAAGAAGCCAAAGAACUCGGUGCAGAUGCUGCUCUUCUGGUUACCCCUUAUUAUAAUAAACCGACCCAAGAAGGCCUAUAUCAGCACUAUAAAGCUAUUGCUGAAGCUGUUGAUCUUCCUCAAAUUCUGUAUAACGUACCUGGUCGUACGGGUGUCGAUAUGGCGAAUGAAACGGUCAUUCGUUUGGCCGAUAUUCCACAAAUUGUGGGCAUCAAAGAUGCCACAGGUGAUGUCCCUCGUGGUCAAGCCCUGCUCGAAGGCCUUGCUGGCAAAGCGAUGACCGUCUAUUCAGGUGAUGAUGCAACAGCUUAUCAACUGAUUCUGUCGGGAGCAAAAGGCAAUAUUUCUGUGACUGCAAACGUUGCACCCAAAGAAAUGAGCGAUGUUUGCGCGGCAGCACUGGCAGGCGAAGCUGAAAAAGCUGAAAACCUAAAUACCCAAGUUGCAAAUUUACACGAAAUUCUAUUUUGCGAAUCAAACCCAAUUCCUGUGAAAUGGGCACUUCAUGAAAUGGAGUUAAUCGAAACGGGUAUUCGUUUACCAUUAACACCACUUGCAGAACAAUAUCGCACACCGCUCCGUGAAGCACUCACAACGGCGGUCGUCAGUUUAGCGGGUUGUAGUUCUCUUGCAGUCAAUAACGGUAGUUUGGACUAUAAAGAAACAGCAAGCUUGGAACCUCUUAAAUACCCUGAAGGCUCAAUGGUUCGACCUGCAACGCCGUUGUAUCCAGCUCCAACGGUUGAAGCACUCGCUCUUGAACAUGCACCUGUACUUGAAAACAAGCGCGGAAACCGUUUUGCAAUGCCGCGCCCUCAAGCUGCUCAAGUCAUGUCGAAUGCAGAAUCAACGGAAACAGUUGAUACAGCUGUGAGUCGCCCUCAAUUGAUUAUUGACGGAAAUAAGAAUCCGCUGCUCAAAAUUGAGGGAAAUUCUGCUACAAUUUGGCAAUAUACGCUUGCCACCCUCAGCAGCCUCAACCAUCAAAUUGUUGGUCAAAGCAAAAAUGGUUAUGAAGCAACCAUUAAAAUCGAUCAACAGGUCUAUGUGUUAAGACUGACCGCGGUCGGCAGCAGCAACAACCUCGCUGUGUUCAAUGCCGAUAACAGUUUUGCAGCGCCUGAAAAAGCCACAGAAUUGUUAACCCAGAUUUACCAAAAUUGGCCAGCCUAG